GUUUCCUCCGCAGGGUGUCGGGGCUCUCCCUUAGAGAUAGGAGAAGGUCGGAGUAGAGCCGCUGCUCCUCCGCACUGAGAGGAACCACAUGAGUGGGCUCAGGCAUCUGGCUGAGAUGUCUCCUGGACACGUCCCUGAAAAUGGAGGAGCCAUGUCUGUGUGUCCCGCCGAAGAGGCACUUGAUGAGAACUGGUUUACAGAGCAGAUGAGUCACGAUGAAGGCGUAGAGGAUAAAUCUAAAAAGCCCAGCAAGGUACCAGACCAUGUGAUCCUUUCCGAUGGCCUGAACAAUCGUUACUGGGUUGUGGAUGUUGAGGACAGACCUGGCCUCAAAACACUCACCAUCACAUGCUCCAAGUCUCUACAUCCAACCGAAGCAUGUGUGCUCAAAGAUGGAUGGGAGAUGACACCCGUUUGCCGCGGCGACGUGGUCCAUCUGGAGGGCGGCUCCGAUGCAGGGACCUGGUUGGUGGAUCGGGAGCAGGGUUUCCUGGUUUUACUUCCCGAUUGCCUCAUCUCAGGGACGAGCAUUUCCAGCUCCAUCCGCUGCAUGAGGCGUGCCGUACUGGGAGAUAUGUUCAAGAGUUUCGAUGGUGGAUCCAAACAAAUGCUGAAUGGCACCAUUGUCCACGAAGUCUUCCAGAAGGCAGCUAUGGCUAAAGAUUUUUCUCUACAGAAACUAUCGGAGCUGGCAGACGAAGCGCUGCGCAGUCCUCGCUACCUGGGGGACAUGUAUGCUUUAGGUGUAAGUCAGCAAGAGAUGAAGCAGGAGCUGCAGGAUUAUCUGCCCUCACUGGAACACUGGGCCAAUGACUACCUCACCUCUUCAACGCCAAAAAGCAUCACCGUUAAAAUUCCCAACAACAGCAGGGCUGCGAGCGGGUGCCAAGACUCUGUUGUCACGGUAACGGAAUUGGCAGACAUAGAGGAGAAUGUUUGGUCGCCGAGAUUUGGCCUCAAAGGGAAAAUUGAUUUGACAGCGCGGGUUCGAAUCCAGAGAGCACGAAACACGAGUGGCAGGCUUCCCGAGACGACGACGACGGUCCCCCUGGAGCUAAAGACUGGCAAGGAGUCAAACUCGAUAGAACACCGCAGUCAGGUGAUUUUGUACACUUUGAUGACCAUGGACAGAUAUAAUCCUGAAGCCGGCCUUCUGCUCUACCUGAAGACUGGCAACAUACACUCUGUAGCAGCCAGCCACAUGGACCGCAGAGAGCUGCUGAAGUUGAGAAACACGUUGGUCCAUCACAUUCACAACAGUGUGGAGAAGGGAGCUCGAGGGAGCUACCUCUCAAGACUGCCAGACAUCCUAACAGACAGACAGACCUGCCGGUAUUGUCCUCAAAGGAUCAACUGCGCUUUAUAUGAGAGAGUGGUGGAUCCCAGCUCUGCAGAUGUCAGUGAGGAUGCUGUGCGUGACUUUCUACAGCAAGAGACUGGUCACCUGACUCCGCCACAUCUGAGAUAUUUUUCUCAUUGGCUGCUGCUUUGUGCCCUGGAGGCGUCUAACAUGGAAAAGAAAAACCGUCGGAAGCGUGUGUGGCUUCAGUCGGUCGAGAAAAGCGAGAAGAGUGGGAGCUGCGUGGGGAACCUGAAGCUCAGCGGCUCGGUGACUGUACAGUCGGAAGGUGUUUUUCUGCAUCGUUUCCAGCGCAGUGGUGUCAGUCCCCACCAGGGUUUGACCAGCAGUGGUCUGGCCAGCGGGGAUCGCGUUGUUAUCAGUGACCAAGAAGGCCGCCUGGUUGGCUUGGCAACGGGGUACAUGUGUGAGGUCAGCAAGAUGUCAGUCAGCUGCACUUUGGACAGGGAUUUGUCCAGGUUCAGUGACGUGUUGUUUCGACUGGAUGCCGAUGAGGGUGUGAUGGGCCUCAGCACCCACCUCACCAAUCUCUCCAGACUGAUGGAGAAUCGUCAGGACAGCGAGCGUCUGAGGGGGUUGGUCGUUGACCUUCGUCCGCCAGAGUUCAUCUCCAACCUCAGCUCCGUCCUGCCCAGGGAGGCCAAGGACACUGUGGCCAACAUCCUCAAAGGUCUCAACCAACCCCAGAAACAGGCCAUGAAGAAGGUGCUGUUAUCCAAAGACUACACCCUGAUUGUUGGCAUGCCCGGCACGGGCAAGACCACGACCAUCUGCACCCUGGUUCGUAUCCUGCACGCGUGUGGGUUCAGUGUGUUACUGACCAGCUACACUCACUCAGCGGUGGACAACAUCCUGCUAAAGCUGAAACGUUUCCGGGUCGGUUUUCUACGUCUGGGGCAAGGACAGAAGGUUCAUCCAGACAUCCUGCCAUACACGGAGGAAAGUGUGAGGAAGAAAGGAGUUCACACUCUGUCCCAGAUGGAGCAGCUUUAUAACAAAGAGCUGAUAGUGGGAACGACCUGUAUGGGCAUCAAACAUCCAAUCUUCACACACCGCCGCUUUGACUUCUGCAUCGUGGACGAGGCGUCACAGAUCAGCCAGCCGAUCUGCCUGGGACCGCUUCUCUACGCCAAGAGAUUUGUCCUGGUGGGAGACCAUCAGCAGCUGCCACCCAUAGUACAAAACCAUGAAGCCAGAUCUCUUGGGAUGGAUGAAAGCUUGUUUAAGCGACUAGAGCUCCACAGUGAAGCAGUAGUCCAACUCAACGUUCAGUACCGGAUGAACAGACAGAUCAUGUCUCUGAGUAACUCUCUGGUGUACGAGGGGCGGCUCGAGUGUGGAUCAGAGAGGACGGCCACAGCUCUGCUCACGCUGCCCUGCCUGCCGUCUUCUCAGGCGGAGCUUAGUUCCUUCUCUCAGGCUCAUCCCCAACACGACUUGUCCUGGCUCCAGGCCACGCUGCUGCCCAGCAACCCCGUCUGCUUCCUCGACUGCUCUAUGGUGCCAGCGUUAGAGUCCGAGGAGCAGGGAGGAGUGAGCAAUCACACCGAAGCUGCGCUCGUACACGCGCUGCUUUCUCUACUCAUAAAAGCCGGCUGUAAGGCCAGUGACAUCGGCGUUAUCGCGCCCUACAGGCAGCAGUUGAAGAGCAUCUCCGCUCUGCUCCAGUCUCCAGCUUUCAGCGGGGUGGAAGUGAACACUGUGGACAGAUACCAGGGACGGGACAAGAGCUUGAUUGUUCUGUCAUUUGUCAGGAGCACUACAGAGGAGGGAAACCUGGGAGAGCUGUUAAAGGACUGGCGUCGCCUGAAUGUGGCCAUCACCAGGGCCAAGCACAAGCUGUUGAUGGUGGGAUCUGCCGCAACUCUGAGACGCUACUCGUCGGUGGAAAAGCUACUCAAUCACCUCCAGCAGGAGAACAUGAUCAUCCAGCUCCCUCCAGCUGCCCACAAGGCUUUAUCUAACUGGUGCCUGUGAGACUGGAAUCCUCCGUGGCUGUGGAUCACCUCAAGUCAAGAAGCUAAAAGGCUGGUCAGCUGUUGGUUCGGCUCGUUUAUGUUGAUCAGUUGUAAUGCCACAGACUUUUAAAAGUAUUAAUUAAUGGGUAUGAUGUGAAACAAUGUACAAAAAUGCUGAAUGAUUGAAAUAGUUGUACGAGUUAUUUAACACAGUGAUUUAAUGUAUGUAAUUGUUUAGGGCCAGAUAUGCUUUCAUCAAAUACCUCGAUCAAUGCACUGAAGAUGAGCUGGUCCUGCAGCUAAAAACUCAUUUUAAAUUGAAUGAUUUCCAGUACAA